AUGGGCGCCUUGAUAUCGCAUAUACGGUCCUCGCUUGGACUGAAAAAGCAACAUCCGGUACUCAUUUGUGGACAGAAGUGGUAUUCUGGAAAGACUACUAUUCUAUAUACACAACUAAGACCUCUAUCCGGGCCUAUUGAUAUUGUAUCCACAGUAGGAUUUAACGUCGAGUCAGUGACGUAUGCGAAUAUGCACUUUGUCUUUUGGGAUUUGGGAGGUAGAGACAAGUUGCGUCCAGUGUGGAAAGAUCACUUCAAUCAAUUUGCUGCGGUCAUAUUCGUCGUUGAUUCUACGGAAGUUGGGCGGCUGGACGACGCAGCUUAUAAUCUCUCCUGCUUGCUUGACUUCACCGGAACGCGUAAGGACAGUGACGUCCCUCUACUGGUGUAUGCCAACAAACAGGAUCUAGAGGGAGCGAAGAGCACGCAGGAGAUAGCAGAGGCGUUGAAACUAGGACAACUUCGGAAUCGAAGUUGGAAAAUUAUUGCAUGCUCUGCAACUGAUGGUAUGGGUAUCACUGAAGGCAUGGAUUGGCUAGUGCAAGCUGUCCGAUGUAAGAGGGGGUAA